AUGGCGGAAGAAGGGAAGGAAGAGGAGGUUGCAGAGGAGGCUGCAGCAGACCCACAGGCAGCACAACGAGAAGGGGAAGUGGCGUCCACGGCAGCGCUUCCUCUUCGCCGCAUGGGCUGGGGCCACUGCCGGCUCUUUGCCAGCUGCCCAGGCUUGGUCUCGCAAGCUCCGGGCUUCGCCACCUUCGCAAAGAGGAGCAAACCACACGCAGAGAGAAGAAUCAGCACUCGCAAGAACAGAACCGUCACAGCAGCCCUCGAAGGAGCGGUGAGAAGAGGUGUGGAAACAGGUGUGGAAACAGAGAAGCGGCCGGGAUGGCCAGCAGCAGAAGACCGGGAACCAGGCCAGUUUUGGGGCUCAGUGUCAAAGGCGCAAGCCCAAGCAACGAAAGCAGCAAAAGCAGCAAAAGCAGCAACGACGAAGACCAGCACCUCCUUGGCCUUGGCGACCUUAGCAGUGAGCCCUUCGAUGGCAGACUCCGUUUAUGGGCUCUGCUACCGCUGCCAUCGGCAGCUUUGCGUGGACAGCUGGGAGGACGGCAAGGACGGGAAGGACGGGAAGGACGGGAAGGACGGGUUGAGGGACGGCACUGCAAGGCUCCGUCUGGAGGAGUCCUGCACGACGCCGACGCUCUUCGAAGUCCGAAGCGUCCGAAGCGUCCAGAGAAGGCACCGAGCACAGGCAGAAGGCCAAGAAGAAGGGCAAGAGGAAGGGAGGGAGAGCGAAGAGAGCGAAGAGAGGGGCGAGGGCUCGAAGCGGAGCUCCUCGAAGCGGAGCUCCUCGAAGCGGAGCUCCUCGAAGCGGAGCUCUCCAAGCCAAGUUGUCGCCGUCUCCGUGGAGAUCUCCUGGCAGCAGCGGCCCCUGUGCAGCGACGGGGGCGUGGUCCACCUCAAGUCCAAUGAGGAGCCUUGCCGGCACCUCUGGGAGCUUCGCCGGGCGGGCGAGGGCCACACGGAGCUCUUCAGUGAGCCCUGCCUCUGGCUGAAGGCGCUGAAGGCACAUCGCAAUCGCUACCUGGCUGUGCAGGACUCGCAGCUGGCCUUGGUGAGCUGGAAUGCGACGGAAGUCAAGGGGACAGGCCCGCAGGGCCCGCAGGGCCCGCGAGGCCUGCAGGCCUGCUGGCACUUCGGGCACCCGCAGACCUGGACACAGCAGCACUUCCUGGGAGAGGUGGAGACGGUGAAGAUCCCAAGGCAAAGCGCGGACGCGGGCGGCGGCGGAAGCGGCGGCGGAAGCGGCGAUGGUGAGAGCACUGAGAGUGCUUUGGAGCCUUUGCCAAUUGUGUGGCUCAUGGCCUCCCCAGGCUACGAGAAAACCCUGCAGAGGCUUCUGAGGUCUUUCGAGGAGGCCAAGGAGCCCUGUGAAGUGAAAGUACGUUGGGUCCCCGACAUGAAGGACACGACCAAGGAGGGCUUCAUCUUAAUGGGCAAGCUCUCACCCAGCUACAGGGUCUUCUACUUCAACUACGUCAAGUUCCUCUUCCUCUUUGAGGCGCUGCUGGAUGCCCUGACUGCAAAGCAAAAGGUGCCCAUGGUCGUGGUCAUGGACUUGGACGUGCAGGUCUUCCCAAACUGGGUCACCACUCUGCGGCGCUGCCUGGAAGACGACGGCAAAGGAACCGGAGCCGCGAAGCCUCUCGGGGCGGAUGUGUGCUUCUUGCAGCAGGCAGCAUUCGGGGACCGGCGCUUGCAACAAGCCAACAGCGGGGUUCUGGUCUUUGGCGGAGAGAAAGGAGGCGCCACUGGCAAUCGCGCUGGCAAAGAUCGGCAGCACUUGCUCCGGUUCGCUUCCUUCCUGCACGCGCUGGUGCAGCGGCUGCAAGCGCAAGAGCUUCUUUGUCACCUUUUGCCCUUUUCGGAGCCCGUGGCGUUCGAGCAGCUUCACAUGAACUACAUCUUGAACCACAUCCGACACACUGUGGAGGCUUUUGAAGAUGGUGCAGAUGGUAACUCAGUGGAGGCCAUGCGUUGGGGCAUCUAUUCGCCCCUGGUGGCCUAUGCUGGCAUGUUCCUGACUCACGCGGUGCUGACGGACACAGUGCACCACGCCACUGCCAGCAACGUGCGCUUGAAGCAGAAGCUCCGUUUCCUGGACGCCGCGAAGGACUUCAAAGAGGACCUGACUCACUACUGUCCCUCUUACAGAAACUCUUACAGCUACAGUGGCGACAGCCCUUACAGCGCGCAGCAGCAGAAGCAACAGGGCGUUCUUGUGAGAGAUUUAUCGGGUUUUCAGGGGCCUUUACCGGAGUUCUGCUUUUACUUCACGGGGCACGAUCCCCACUUUGGCCCCCUGCUGCCACACCACAAGCUCUUCGCCGGCUUCUCCGAAGAGGACAACGAAGUGGUCCUCAACCACCUCAUCACCAGGGCGGAAGGCCGCAAGGCCUGGAUCCAGCUCAUCAUCGGCUUCAACGAAGGUGCCUACAGGCGCUGGCGCACGGCCCGCCAGAACACGUCGCGGACGCUUCGAAUGCUCUUGGAUGCGCCCUACUGA